GCCUGCAGCACAAACUCACAACUGCACAGGUAAUGCACAAUAGCCUCCCAAAAAUAAAUACAGUAGAGAGAGCCUAUUUUCACACGUUAUGACGUCUGUGGACAUAUCCGAAGAUCACAGCAUUCAGGUGUAAUAACCUUUAAAAUGACUGAAGGAAGAAAUAACCUUCAAUAGAUGGGCGCGUUUCUAAACCGAUUUUAUGUUCCGACGGCUCGCGCGCGAAAACACCCGGUUCAGUUCGGUUCGGUUCAUUCAGAUCGACAGAAACACAGCAGACGCUGAGGAAAGAGGACGGGAAGACUGACUUAGUGCUGCACUUCUAAUUACUGUGCCUGGGACAAUUAAUGAAGGAACCGAAAAACCCGUUGCGUUCCGGUCACCUGAACCCGGAGCAGCAGCAGCAUCACUGUGACAGAUAUCUGCUCUUACUGAAGGUGCAGACAGGUUUACCCAAGACAACAGCCUUCGGAUUCUUACUCUUAUUUCCUCAAAACCUAAUUAAAAAUCCUGUGGGAGAUUUUUCUGACGCGCUUCCGUUGCGCGCACAGAGACAGCAGGUUACAGUGCGCGUUAUCCUCUGAAUAAUCUCAUUCUCAUUACUCACACUCACUCACUCUCCGGGACAAUGCAAAUGAUUUUUUUUUUUAUUUAAUUUUUUUUUUUUACAAUGGAACAAUCUUGUUAGAAGAGAACUGACAGAACCCAUUAAUCUGAAGUAAAGUGUCCGAGCCAGUGCAGGAGCUGAUGCCCUGAAGGAAGUGCAGAUGUUUAAUGGCUCAGGCAGCGCGGAAGAAGGCACAUGUAAGACAUUAUUCCUUUCUCCUUUCUCAACCCAGAAUAACGAUGAGAAACGUGUGUUGCGCUGGAUGGAACAGGAUCCCAGCUUCAGGGUCAAAUCAGAGCAACGCAGCGCAAAUCCAGAUCGAUAGACACAUCGAUGAGCUCGCAAUAUAAGGCUAAUGAUUGCGCUUGGACACGCUUACCUAAACAUGCUGGAGGGAAUAUGCUGCGCAACUGGGAGGAAAACCAGCAGCCUGGUAAAGUAACUGAAUGAUUUGUCAGUUUGUUAUAUUCGGUUUGUUUUCUCAGCACAUUUUAAAAUAAUCUAACCAUGUGAAAUGGAUUUGGAGACUGGAACACGGGACACCAUUUCGUGGCUUCUGUAAAGGUAAUGUUAAAAUAACAGUGGAUGGAUUUUUGAAAAUUUUUGCCACAAUGAGCUUGGAGUAGAUGAUCCAGAUCUUUGAGUCACUGAGCUUCAUGCUGCUUCUGUGAUUCAUCCCUUUCACUUUGGACUGGUGGAAUUAUGGGGUGACUGCUUCUGUUACUCAGUGAAAAAGCCAUGGAUGUAAAUUUCUCCUCGGUUCUUGACAGCAGUUUAGUACGGCGUGAUUCAUCAAAGCGUGUUCUGACCGGCUGCUUUCUUUCUCUCCUCAUUCUGACCACUCUGCUGGGAAACACACUGGUCUGUGCUGCUGUCACAAAAUUUCGCCAUCUGCGCUCCAAAGUCACUAACUUCUUUGUUAUAUCCCUGGCUAUUUCGGACCUACUGGUGGCCAUUUUGGUGAUGCCAUGGAAGGCGGCUACUGAAAUUGUGGGAUUCUGGCCUUUUGGUGCUUUCUGCAACAUGUGGGUGGCAUUUGACAUCAUGUGUUCCACUGCUUCCAUCCUGAACCUGUGUGUAAUUAGUGUGGACCGGUACUGGGCCAUUUCCAGCCCAUUUCGUUAUGAGCGCAAAAUGACACCUAAGGUGGCGUUCGUCAUGAUUAGUGUGGCAUGGACCUUGUCUGUUCUUAUCUCCUUCAUCCCUGUGCAGCUAAACUGGCACAAAGCACAAAGUGCAGGUUACACUGAACUGAAUAGCACCUACGCUGAAGUUCCACCAGACAACUGUGAUUCUAGUCUUAAUCGAACAUAUGCCAUUUCCUCCUCCCUCAUCAGUUUCUACAUUCCUGUAGCCAUCAUGAUUGUCACCUACACUCGCAUCUACCGCAUUGCCCAGAAGCAAAUCCGCAGGAUAUCCGCCCUGGAGCGAGCAGCAGAGAGUGCCAAAAACCGCCACAGCAGCAUGGGCAACAGCAGCAGCAUAGAGUCUGAAAGCUCCUUUAAGAUUUCCUUUAAGCGCGAAACCAAAGUCCUAAAGACACUGUCGGUCAUUAUGGGGGUGUUUGUGUGCUGCUGGCUGCCCUUCUUCAUCCUCAACUGCAUGGUGCCUUUCUGCGAGCCCAAUGAAAGCGUGGACUUCCCGUGCAUAAACCCAACCACCUUUGACGUCUUUGUCUGGUUUGGCUGGGCUAACUCCUCACUCAACCCUAUCAUCUAUGCGUUCAACGCUGACUUCCGCAAAGCGUUCUCUACCCUGCUAGGCUGCCAACAUCUCUGCCCUGGCAGCAACUCUAUUGAGAUUGUGAGCAUCAACAACAACGGAGUGUCCAAGCAUGUCUCACACUAUCAGCACAAGGGCUUCAUCCCCAAAGGUGGUAGUAACAGCAACUGUGAGAUCCCUCAUAGCAUACUAGGCCAGGACGAGGAAGUUCAGAAGAAGGAAGAGAAUUCUGGGUUUAAGACCUUGGAGAAGUUCUCCCCAUAUAUGUCAGACAACUUGGACAGCGAUGCUGACGUUUCCCUGGAAAAGAUUAACCCCAUCACACAGAAUGGGCAGCACAAAUCCAUACCUUGCUGAACUUAAGGUUUAUGAGCCCUGGUAGCACAGAGAUCACCUAUUAUAAAAGAACACCGGUUUCAGAGUAAAACAACAUCUGGAUUAAGUAAAAGCUGCAAGUUUUUAAAGAAUGUUUCUUUUGGAAGCACUUUAUCUGGAGAACUAUCUGCAAAAUACUGACAGCAUGUGUUGACAAAGUUAACAGGUUAGUUAUACUUUAAAUAACUUGAAUAAACAAAAUGCAUUCGGAUAUAAAUGUGGUUUGCAUUUUUAGGGUGUUUACGUAUGCGUGCUUGUUCAUUUGUGGCAGAAGUACUAUUGCAAGUGAAACAAAUAGAAAAUAAACAAAAUCUUGUAGGUGAAGGUUUUUUUUACAUGAAUAUGUUCACAAGUAGUGAUUUCCAUGUAUUUCCUGUCAGCAGCACUGUUUCUGUCAGUAGCGUUUCUAUUUUUUACUGUGUAUCAGUGUUGGCUCAGCCAGCUGUUCCACAUGCUGCUAGUUAUUUAACUUGUGUUUUAAUGUAUGCGUGCUGAAAUAUUUUAAUUAGAGCUGUAGCAUCUCAUCUCUCUGUGACAUCAGCUCUAGGAAACAAAGAUUAUUUUUGUGAUUUGAAUUUGAAUAAUCAGCCUCUCUGGUGUAAAACUCACUUCAGCAAUAAACACACUUCCUUUUUCUUUUCUUGCACUUUUCCUUUCCAUCCCCAGUGCAGUAAUAAUGAAAUGGUUCUUCAGAUAACAAUAAUGUUAUUCACCUUGUCAGACUCAAUACAAGACAAUAAUUUUGGGAGUUCUAUAUUUGUUCCUGAAUUACUUGUUGGGAUUGACAGUGGGAUAGAAUUUGGUACUGUGAUAACAUGUAAUGGUGUACAUAUGUGUGUUUAAGCCCCGGAUAGUUCUGGAUCUCUGUUGGUUUUUCUCAGUAUUUUCGGUGAGACUGGUAACCUUGCUUACGGUGAAAUAUAAUACAUGCCUGAAAAACUUGAACACUACGUUACACAGUCUGCAUUGAUCCAGAAUGCACUCGACAUAUUUCAGCUACAGGAAAGCUGGCACAAUUAUAACAUUUUUGGUUGGAGUUAAAUUAUUCAAUGAUAAUUUAAAUGACAGUGUAUUCUAAGGUAUUGUAUAUGGUUACUAUGGUUUAAGUAUAAUUCUAUGAAUUAAAAAAAUGACAACAUUUUUAUACAUUCUGCAUCAAUUACAGUUUGUGCAUCUUUUCUGUUUCAGUGCUGCCAUCUUUCACUGCUCUUACUCUCUGAAAGAGGCGUUACAAGUGUACUGUAGUUCGCACCCAUGAUUUCUCACAAUCCUGCAAACAGAAUGUUUGCACAAACUCUGAAUGCUGUACUAACACUUAAUGUAGAGUAAAUGUAUAUAACUGCACAAUUUCAGUUUUUGACAAAUAUAAGGAAAAAAAUUAUACUUGAAAAAUUCUUCUGUUUGUGUUUUUAACUAUCCUGGCACAAAAUGUUUUCACAAAUAUCUCUAGAACGAGUGGACGAAUCCCGCAGGCUUUUCAGAAGGACACGGGGAAGUGAUGUAUUUACGUAUGUGUGCAUGUAAAGACAUCACAGUUGUGCCAGCUCUCCACUUAUCUGUCUGCAGCUUCAACAGAACAAGUUUAAGACAUUUAGACCAACCAUAGUUUCUAAUAUAAGGACAUAAGAGGCUGUGGUUGAAUUAUUGUUUUAUAUCCUUACAAGCACAAAAACAUCAUUCAACCACAGCACUUUCCAACUUAAUUACAGUAAAAAUGGUCAGGGAUUUUCUAAUUUGCUGUAUUGUUUCUGGCUGUAAGGCUGUGUUGUGUUUAACAAUCCACACUUCGGUUAAAUCGAAGUCGAGGCUAAUUAAAUGCUCUGAAAACACAGUGACACAUGAAUUUGUGAAAAAUAACACACAAAAAUGUAAUGAUAAGUAAGUGCUUGUUUGAUGACGCAGUUGCUGAGUUUUAUUUAUUUAUUUAUUUAUUUAAAAGUAAAUAGUCUGAAACAAAUGAAACUUCUGCAAAACUCGAGUCUUUGGGAAUAAAAGAAAGAAAACGUCCCUUUGUAAUCUUAUACAUAAAUUUAUACAUUAAAAAUUUUAAUUAAAAUUUCUGUAAAGCUGCUUUGUGACGAUGUCCAUUGCUAAAAGCACAACAUAAAUAAACUGCAGUAAACCUCUCCAUGCUUUUGUGUCCAUUUUAAAGAUCACUGUGGUGAAAAUUCACUUAUGUGAUAAGAGAGAAUUGUAAUGGCAAUGGAGCAAUUAGUUUACUAAGAUCAGAUUCCUUCUUUUAAAUGGUCAGAUUAGCAUUUCAAAUUAACCAGCAUGGCAUUUAAACGAGUCCCAGCUGCCAUUCCAGCUAAUGCUGAUGUACGUUAAUCAAGACUCUGAGGACCAUUUUUAAAAUACAUUAAUUAGGUGUGAAUACAUUACAGAAGGAAAGUUUUCUUUCUUUUCUUGCCAAACUCUGGGCUCUCCUUUAUUUCAGGUU